GAUGCGUUUCCAACGAUGGCGUCCAAUAAAAUGUUUGCCUUGCUUGCUGUUCUUCUGUUCAAUGGUCUUUUAAGUAGCACAUCGCCAAUAAUUGAUCCCCAAACUGGUGUAAAUGUCGACAUAGACGCAUACGGAGUAGAAAGGUCAUACGAACCCUUCUAUCGGCAACCUAACUUAUAUUUGAACGUCACCUACGAUCUUUAUGAGUUGGAUCCUGCAGUGCUUCCUACGGUGCGAGCAGAGAUCAUGCUCGAGGACGAUAUGGCACACAAUGAAAAAUUAAGAAUUACUUGGGACAUCGCUGUCGCUACGAAUCCAACUUACAAUUCAGAACAAUUGGCCGCAUAUGCGUACUCCAUGUCAGAACCAGAAUAUCUCUAUGCUACGUUCAAUGACGAAACAAGCGCGUUCCGCGAUGACUCUGAUUAUAAUUCGUACUACUACAAGGGUUUCUUUGGUCUUCUUUUGCUUGCGUGCCAAGAUUAUGACUUCGAGCUUUAUAGGGGAGUCAAUUACACAGUACCAGCUGAAGUGAAUCAGUAUAUCCGUUUCAAUAGGUUUUUGUCAUCGAGUACGAAUUUGGCAAUCGCCCAAAAGUACGCCAAUUCUUCUACUGGACAAGGGACGAUUUUUCUAAUCCAGGGAACGAAACAUGCAAACCACAUCGCGCCAUACAGUGUUGUACCAGAAGAUGAAGAAUACCUUAUUGCUCAAGACGCGCAGUUCUUCGUAACAGCUAUCGGUGAUAUGAUUUUUCCGGACGGAAACAGGGCCAUUCAGAUAACGAUGUCUUCAGUCAGUUACACGUAGAACGCGAGCAUGCUGUAACCAUCACCGUUAGUAUAUUU